AUGGAUGGUUUUCUGAAUCAGUUAGGAAUCUUCAAAUGCAUCUCUAAGCAUGGUGUGUAUGUUAAGAGAUCCAAGAGCACUGGAAUGAUAAUAGUGUGUCUGUAUGUUGAUGAUCUCUUGGUGACUGGGAGCAUUGAGGCUGAGAUAGUGAAAUUCAAAGAGAAGAUGCAAUCUGAAUUUGAAAUGAGUGAUAUGGGAGAGCUUUCAUUCUUUUUGGGAAUUGAAUUUCUCAGAACUGAGCAAGGGAUUUUCAUAAGCCAAAGAAAGUAUGCAGCUAGGGUAUUGAAGAGGUUUAAUCUAGCUGAAUGUAAUGUUAUGACUACUCUAGUGGAUUGUGGUACUGUUCUAACCAAGGCAGAUACUGAGAAGCCAAUUGAUCCUACAUUGUUCAAGCAAAUAGUGGGUUCUUUAAGAUACAUUAAAGGAACCCUAGAUCAUGGUGUGUUGUUUCCAGGAAAGGCUUACAAUGUGAGGAAUAAAAUUAGAGGUUAUGUGGACAAUGACUGGAGUGGAGACAAGGAUGAUAGAUAG